AUGGCAGUCGUCAAAUGUUCUUAUGGUCAUGCUAUUUUCUGCUACGAGAGAUCCCUUGUCAUUAUGGACGUGCUCACUGGCACUACGGUUGCAGCUCCACCUUUUCCAUUGAGUCAACUGUGCUACAGAACCUUCAUAUCUCCAGAGGCGUCACCAAAUUCAUAUCUAUUUGUCAGCAGCCCGCACUGCCUGUAUGCUUGGCGAGUUGGGAGCCCCUCUUGGUUGCACUGCGAUUCUCUAAAUGCACAUUUGAUCAAGGAGAUGGUGUCCUUCAAAGGUAGGGUCAUUAUGAGGAUGCGUCAAAAACUAUACACCGUGCAUUUGACACCUCAGUUUCAUGUUGAGCUACUAAGACUUGAUUGCAGAGAUUAUAUGGACCUGUACGUGCUUUCCGGAAAUUUGGUGGCUUGUGAAGACACACUUCUCCUACUUGGUCGUAACGGGGAAGUCUUCUCCAUUGACUUCUCAACUGAACCUGCAAAGUAUGUGAUCGUGGAAGAGGGAGGCUUGAAGAAGUGGGCGUUCUUCUUGGGCGAGAAACGUACUGGACAGCCACGACUCUUAGUGAACCCAGAGAGAAUGGGUUUAAGGGGUGGCCUUGUCUAUCAGUUGGAUGAAAACGCUCGAGUAUGUUCAUACCCAGUAGAUGGCAACCAACAUGAGGAGUUGGAGCCAGAACCUUGUUUUGCGACGAUCAAUGCUCAUCUUGCUUGCAAUCCUACAUCCUUUGCAGCUUGGAUAUGA